CUUAUUACAGGCAUCACCGGCGAUAUAUUUCUCAGUCAACCACUUCCCCUUCCGCCCGAGCUCAAUCACUCGUUAUCUUAGCUGUUGAUACCGCAUCUCAUAUAUUCGCCAUGGGUUGGUGGAAAGCAGAUCCAGUUCCGGAGCCACCUCAACCGCAUGCCUCUACAUUGACAUCUUCCUCCAUACCUCAGCCACCACCACCUACCUCGACAUCAAGCGCCUCCUCCUCAGCAUGCCCAGUCGACCCAAAGACGAGAUCAAUAUGGCUUCAACAAGCCCAAGCACAAAAGAACUCUGCACAGUCUCAAUUACCUCCCUCCCAUCCUCCUCUCCCGCUUGAUCAUCCAAAACUCUCAACAUCACCGUCACAACCACAACCACUUCCCCCUUCCAAAGAAUGUUCAUCCGACCGCAUUUCUCAAAGUCCCUCCCCUCCGACCACCGCCUCUCCCUAUAAAACAUCUCGUCCACUUUCCCAAGACCGCGCCGUAUCCUCCAUCCCACGCUCCCAGACUGCCACAGACUCUUCCUCCCCGACGACGACGACACCCGCCAACGCCGAGACCGAAACCGGCCGCCACUCGUCCGGCAACUGGAUCUACCCUUCGGAGUCACAAUUCUUCCAUGCCGUCAUGCGCAAGGAGACCCUGACGUCCUCCAACCCCGAAGACCUCCUCUCGAGCAUCUCCCACAUCAUCCCCAUCCACAACGCCGUCAACGAGCGGGCCUGGUCGCUCAUCAAGGCAUGGGAGUCGGACUCGUCCGAGGCCUGCGGCGGGCCCAAACUGCAGUCCUUUCGCGGGUUGGGCGCCGGUGCCCUCUCGCCCAAAGCCCGGGUGAAGUCGCUGAUGGGCUACACCCAACCCUUUGACCGGCACGACUGGGUCGUCGAGCGUUGCGGCGGCGAGACCGUGGAGUACAUCAUCGACUUCUACCAGGGCAAGCAGGAUCCCAACGGGAAGCCCAACAGUCUGAACUUCUACCUCGACGUGCGACCCAAACUCAACACCCUCGAAGGGUGUAAGAUGAGAGCGGAACGGUUCGUGGGUUGGCGAUGAAACCCCCAAAUUAUCCCAAAAUUCGAAAAUUCUGUGUGGUCCCAGCCUCACAGUGUGUGUGUGUACAACAAAGAAGAUCCAUCUGAUCCAAGGGAGCGAACCAGAGGAGGUUGAAAGACAGUUGUAGCAACAUUAAAUCAUAAUAUUUUGUUCCGCUUGCAUAUGAGGGCAAAAUCACUCAAUCUGAUGGCCAGGAAACAGAGGAGGAAUGAGCCAAACUACUAGUUAAUCUCCCCUAUCUACACUCCAUUUUUCUCUACCAUUUUGCCUUGUCCAUCUACUCUCCGUACAUCCUCGAGGUACAAAGUAUAGUUGUAGUAUGAGUCAAUUUCAAUUAUGG